UAUUAAACGGCAUUGAGUUCUUCGUACAUUCUACUUUUACCUCCUCCGAUUCAAACUCAAAACAGUCUAAAACUAGUCACUCCUUUAACUCAUCGCUGACACCUCUCUCUGAACUCAGUUCGAGCUCUCUCUAUUGAUCGGCUGAAAUCGUCUUGUCGAUCUUGAAAAGGAAAAUUUUCGCUAUUGGGUAAACUUCAAGAUUGGAUCUUUUUGGCGUUUCUAAGUUUGGUUUAUUGGGUUUCAAGGUAUUUCCUUGAAGAGCCAUCUAGUGAUUGGCAUUUGUUGGUCUAAUGGGAAUAUGUGAAUCUCGAGAUAUCACCUGUUUGGUUGGUGAGAAAAUGUAGGAAAAUGAAAGAAACUGUGAGUGUUAAACCUUUCAGUUGUUUUCGGUGCUGCUGAUUGAAAUAAACAGCUGAGAUAUGGCUUUUCAGUUGAUUGUGAUGAUCGAAAGCUUUUACUUGCUGAUUUUUUGUUGCUUUUUGUAAGAAACCAAAUUGAACAUUAGGAUGUUGUGAUCGAGUGUGGCGAGAUGGAUAGUUCGGGUUUGGGAGGUGGGUUUUUGUCUGGUCCCAGUGGGGGGAUACUAGACCUUGAAUUGCCGGUUCCUAGAUUGUUAGGACAUCACCAACAUAACAUGAAUGUGAUGGGGGGCGGCGGCAUUGCAGGCGAUCGUCAUCCUAUUGGGCUUGUGGAAGUGAAAGAGUCAGUCCCAAAAGUUGGUUCGACUAUUGCCAAAGGGAAGGCAGUUGCUUCGUUUAAUGGCAAUAACGGUUACAAUUUGAGUGAUGACGAUGAACAAAAUUAUACAGAUGAUGAGAGCAUUGAAGGUGCCAAGGGAAAAAAGGGAUCUCGAUGGCAGCGGAUGAAGUGGACAGAUAAUGUGGUCAGGCUUCUUAUAGAUGUUGUUGCUUGCGUGGGUGAUGAUGGUUCAGUUGAAGGUGGUGAGGGGCUUAAGAGGAAAUCUAGGAUAUUACAGAAGAAGGGUAAGUGGAAGACUGUGUCGCAAAUAAUGAUUAGUAAAGGUUGUCAUGUUUCUCCUCAGCAGUGUGAAGACAAGUUUAAUGACUUGAACAAAAGGUAUAAGAGGUUGAACGAUAUUCUCGGGAGAGGAACUACUUGUAGAGUGGUAGAGAAUCCUGCUCUUAUGGAUGCAAUGCCCCACCUCUCUGCCAAGGCGAUGGAUGACGUUAGGAAGAUACUGAGCUCAAAACACUUGUUUUAUAAAGAAAUGUGUGCUUAUCAUAAUGGACAGAGGAUAUCUGACUGCCAAGAUCUCAAUCCCCAUGGCUAUUCCCUACCUCUUGGGAGGUGCUCAAAAGACAUUAACGGAUCCGAGGAAGAAGAAGCUGAAGAAAACCAUGAUAGUGAGGAUGAUAAAUUGGACAACGAAGAUCAUAACGAUGCUGAUAAUGAUAGGGAGAGAAUGAGAAGAAUGAGUGAGAGGAAGAAGGCUAGGGAAGAAGAUGGCCAUUUGUGGCCACAACAUGUUCCUCUCGAUAGUUUUGAAGUUGAAGUGGGUGACUGUUUUCAGGACACAACAAAGUCGUUAUGGGAACGAAGAGAUUGGAUCAAGAAACAGAAGCUGCAACUUGAAGAGCAAAGAGUCAGCUUCCAUGCUGAAGCUUUGGAGAUUGAGAAGCAAAGGUAUAAAUGGCUGAGAUAUUGUAGCAAGAAAGACAGGGAACUGGAGAGGCUGAGACUGGAGAAUGAGAGAAUGAAAUUAGAGAACGAGAGAAGGGUAUUGCAACUGAGACAGAAGGAAGUGGAAUUAGAUUUGAGGAGGUCAGAAGCUUCCUUGGAGCCUUCCUCGCUUGGGCUAGGAAGAGAUCAUAUUGAUUUGGGAAGGCAUUAAUAGCUUCGGAGCCCAAGUGCUGUUUGUGUGUGCACUAACUGGAUCAUGAGAGACAUCCCGUGCUUAGUCAAUAUUCUGGAAGAAGACCUUUGAAGCACUCUAACCUUGUGAGACCUGUCUCUUCCUUUUGUUUAGUUUUAUGGAAAAAGAUUAAAACACCUAUCUCUCGAGUUUAGUUUUAGAAAUAAUUGAGAUUUUGUGGAUGUUGGAUGCGCUCCUGUAAAUAUGUAAGUGUUGUAUAGUUGCACUUGUUUAAGGCAUGUAGUAGGUGUUAUGUAUUGAUGUAGUUUAGUUUUCAACCGGUCAUUGUUGCUAUCAUGUUACCGUCUCAAUAAAAACUUGUUAAUUUGAGUUAAGGAAAUGAAGGUGAAUGAUGCUCUUUUACCGUC